AACAAUAAGCAGUUUAACAAGUGAUCUCAGGUUGAGAGGAGGUUCUUAAAUUUUUCGCAUUUCAUAAACAGCUUUAAUUAAACUUAAUAAUGAUUUUAAUUAACUUAAUCAAACUAGCAGCUGUGCUAGGAGUAUUAGCUCUAGCCCAGGCAAAAUCAGACGAUCAAAUCUAUCGUAUGUGCGUACCUCAUAAAUACUAUAACGAUUGCUUAAAUUUGCUUAAGGAUCCUUCGGAGGCCGGUAUACGCAUGGAAUGUGUGGCCGGUAGAGAUCGCAUCGAUUGUUUGGACAUGAUCAAUCAACGUAAAGCUGAUGUCUUGGCUUCGGAACCUGAGGAUAUGUAUGUGGCUUAUCAUACCAAAAAUGCCGAUUACCGGGUUAUUUCCGAAAUCAGAACCAAGGAAGAUAAGGAUGCUGAUUUCCGUUAUGAAGGCAUCAUUUUGGUGAAAAAGAACUCCAACAUUCACACUCUUAAAGAAUUGAGAGGUGCUAAAUCUUGUCAUACUGGUUUCGGUCGUAAUGUUGGCUUCAAGAUUCCCGUCACCAAAUUGAAGAACUCUCACAUUUUGAAGGUCUCCAUGGAUCCUGAAUUGACAGCUACCGAACGUGAACUUAAAGCAUUGUCCGAAUUCUUCUCGCAAUCCUGUUUGGUGGGCACUUAUUCACCAUAUCCCGAAACUGAUCGUUUGUUGAAGAAAAAAUACUCUAACUUGUGUGCUCUCUGUGAGAAUCCCGAACAGUGUAAUUAUCCUGAUAAAUUCUCGGGCUACGAUGGUGCUAUUCGUUGUUUGGACAAGGGCAAGGGUGAAGUGGCCUUUACUAAAGUGCAAUUUAUUAAGAAAUACUUUGGUAUGACUCCCGGUACUACUGCUGAAGGUGAUGCUUCCGAAUUCGAAUACCUGUGUGAAGAUGGCUCCAGACGUCCCAUUACCGGACCGGCUUGCUCCUGGGCUCAACGUCCUUGGACCGGUUAUAUUUCCAAUGUUGAUGCUGUUAGUGGUGAUGAGAAAUUACACAAUUUGCAACAUCGUCUAGAGAAAUUCUUUGAAAAUGGUUUGCAUGCUGAAAACAAGGAAGCCGCUUCUCACUUGCUCAUCAAUGAAAAUGCCGUAUACCACAGCAAACCCAAGGCAGUAGAUCCCAAAGAAUAUUUGGAAAAGGCUGGCUACAAAGAUGUGAUUGAACGUGAUGGCUCUGCUAUAAGAAAAAUGAAAAUGUGUGCCCAAACUGAUGUUGAAAUGAAGAAAUGCGAUACCAUGCGUCGUGCUGCUUACUCCCGUGACAUUCGUCCAGAACUUGAAUGUGUGCAAGAGAAGGAUUGUAUUGUGGCUGUUAAGGAGGGCAAGGCUGAUAUGGUAGCUGUACAUGCCAACAACUACAAAGAAGCCAGAGAAGACAAACUCAAACCCAUUGUCUAUGAGGGCUAUGGCCCCAACAAUGUCUAUGUAGCUGUAGUAGAAACAUCUCUAACCAAGGACAAUAUACAAAACAUGCCAGUUCACUAUAAUGGCCAAGAUCAUAGAGCCGAAAAGGCCGCCGCCUAUCUUAACAAGUUGAGAGGCAUUAACACCUGUCAAACCACUCCCUCCUCCGAAAAGAACAUCAUGAUUGUCAACUCCAAAGAUUUGGAACAAUACAAGAACAAACAAUUGUUGUGCAGCAAUUUAGAAAAGAAACCCGUUACCGAAUGGGAAUCUUGCAAUUUGGAAGCUAAUCUUCCAGUGGCCGUUUUCAUUAGAGAAGCAAUGACCCCUGUCGAACAAGAGACCAUGAAACAUUUGUUCUUGUCGUUGUCGCAGAAAUUCGGUAAAGCUGGCAAGUUGGCUGAUGUCUUUGCUUUGUUCGGUGAAUACAAGGAAAAUGAAAAGGAUAUUUUGUUCGACGAUGAUGCCGUUGAAUUUACCACCGAACUGAAGAAUGUCAAUACGAAUGAACAGACUUACAACAGUUUGAAAUGUGAUACGAAUGCCAUUAAAAAGAAUUAACUUUUUUAGUUGUAAUUCUUUUGCAAAAAUUAUUUUUUUACAUGUAAAGUUAAACAAUAAAAAACACGUGAAUUAUUAAAAAAUA